CGCUCAUCUGGUCGUUAUUGCGAAAGGGUAACCCGGCUAUAUAACCUGUUCCCAUUCAAGAACCAGCAUCACUGUCACUGAGUCACGGACUGGAGACGCUGUUUAACUGUGGAUCUGAACGAACAUGAAGAUGGCUGUGUACACCCUCCUCGCUAUCGCCUGUGUCCUGCCCACUCUGGUCCUUGGCUAUUCUGCCGGAGCCGGGAAGUCAGCCUGCAUCAACCUCACUCCUAAUCACGACAACACCACCGCCCAGAACUCAACCGCGCCAUACACGCUCACCGUGAAUACAACCUCCAUCAUAGAGGGAGGGGUGGUUACAGUUACUCUGGAAACAACAGCCGCCGGUGGAUACUUCGAGGGUUUCCUGGUCCAAGCCCGCUGUACCAAGUGUACCACUGCCGACACGGCCAUAGUGCCCGGGACAUUUGCCAAGUACAACGCCUCUGAUGAUACCAUUAAAACAAUGGACUGUGAAAAUGUAGCCAAGAACGCCAUCACCCACACAAGUGAAGCAAAGCAGAACAAUACCAUGUUCACCUGGACGGCGCCGACUGAUUACGACGUGAAACAGGGCAUCCAGUUCAGAGCUGUGAUUGUGAAGAGUAAACUAACAUGGUGGAACACGGUGAUGUCUGCCGAGAUCAGCGUCUCCAAACCCACCGGUUCCUCAUCACAGUCUGUACUGGGGAUGGGUGUUUUCAUUGUCUCCAUCACAGCGUCUCUCUUACUGUAGGAGUUCACUGGUGUCUGUCACAUCAAAAAGCAUCUUUAUAUAUAUAUUGUUUUGUCUUGUCUACUUUUAGCAAGAAGGAAAUUGAGUAAUUUCGGCAAUGUGUUUUGAUUCUGCCGGUCAAGAUCGGCAUGCCUCGAUAAGUGACCAUAAAUCUUUUGAAUUUACGCUUUAUGUAAAUCUAUAUUUGAAUGUAAACUGUAUUAAACAGAUACUAGCAAUGUAUAUCCCCAAACAGCUUUGUCAAUUUGGAUUCGUCUACGAAACUUUCAAAACGUCAAGAAAACUGUGAUUUAUAUGAAAAUGAAGUGUUGAGUACAACCAUAUUUCUAACAGAAGAUGAAAGUCAUGUACUGACUUAUUGCCCAUGUGAUGCAGUAGAACGUAACUUGCAGGAGUGAAGAACUUUUUUUAAAUCAGUAUUGAUCGCAGAAAUAUUAUAUUCAUAUUCAAAUUAAUAUAUGUUCCUUAAACUGUCAUUUUGUCACAAAAAUGAGAUAUCAAAAUGAGCUCAUAUAUACUAUGGACCAGAUAGCCUUGAAUUCUAAAUAAACCAUUUUGCAGUAAGUCAA